AUGUCGUCGCAGCGAGAGAACUACCUUCGCAAGUGGCUCUGCCGCGUUGACAACGAAAUUGAGUGCGACAAAUCGUAUCCUCACUCCAACGAAGGAUUCAAAGUCCAUGUGCAAGCCGUGCACAAGUUGGAGUGGCCUCGCAAGGGCCGCACUCUAUACGGCUCGAUGAUCCCGGCGCCUCCUCUUGUGGUCACAGCAACAGCGCCAGCCUCGACGCCCACUGAACCUGAAGUGUCCAUAGAGUCGGAUAUCGAACUAGUGAACCUAGUAGAACGGAAAGAAUCCAACCUAGUUGAACCGUCUCGUCCAACCGCGCGCAACCGCCGAGUAGCCAAGAGAGCUAAGAAGUAG